AUGACGAUCGAUCAGUAUGAGGCCAGAUUUGCUGAACUGUCCAAGUAUGCUCCGAGAUUGGUUGAAGACCCUAUGGAUAGGUCCAAAAGGUUCAGAGAUGGGCUGAAGCCCGAGAUUAGGAGUGUGCUGAUACGAUUUAUUCUGAAGGAUUACAAUGACCCCUAUGAGAGAGCACAGAUGGUAGAACAAGAUCCGACCGAAAGAGCUGCCACAUCCGGAUCGCGGUUUGCACCCUCAAAUAGAAGAGAUAUUUGGCAAGGGAAGAGGCCGAUGCAAAGUAACCGAUUCAACAUUCCGCCCAAUCGCCGAGGAGUGAUUAGCAAGCCGAUGCCUCGCAAAGACAAUGUCUGCCACCUGUGUAAUCAAAGGCAUGGAUAUGCUCCAUGUAGAAUGCGUGGAGCCUGCUUUGGAUGUGGCCAGCAGGGCCAUCUAGUGAGAGACUACCCACAGAGGCAACAAGCUAGGCCGCCGGGAGGCCAAGUUGGAAGGAUCGCGCCACCGAAUUACCGCAACGGACCUCGGGCGCAAAGACGGGUGUUUGCUAUCACCCGAGAUGAGGCGAAGGACUCGCCGAUCGUCAUAGGUACGGUCCUUCCGCAGAACAGCGUAGCUUAUGCUUUGUUUGACCCCGGUGCUACGUAUUCUUUUGUUGCGGAUCAAUUUGUUAGACUGUCUGGAUUAAUUGUGGUACCAUUAGAUGUGGUUGUCAAGGUAUCUACACCUUUAAAGGAUAGCGUAAUAGCUACGGUAGGGUCUCCCGGUUGUAAACUAGUGGUAGAUGGUCACGAGAGUGAGAUAGAUCUGGUUGUACUAGAGAUUUUUGAAUUUGUGGGAAAUCGAGGAGGAACCUCGACGGUAGUAAUCUCGUUGCUAGAGGCGACUCGGUUGUUGGCAAAUGGUUGCCAAGGUUAUUUGGCUGCGGUAGUGGAUACGUCUAUUGGGGAAACUAAGUUGGAGGAAAUUGCUGUAGUAUGUGAGUUUCCAAACGUUUUUCCCGAAGAAUUGCCUGGAUUACCGCCGAAAAGAGAAAUAGAGGUUGUGAUAGAUUUAGCUCUAGGGACGGAGCCAAUCUCUAAAGCGCCGUACAAGAUGGCGUUGUCAGAGCUUAAGGAACUUAAGGUGCAGAAACAAGAAUUGUUGGAUAAAUGA